AUGUCAGGCGGGGGCCGCGGGGGUAGUGACUCCGCCAACGCGUGGAGUUUCGUGAAGGAGCAGGAGCUUACGACGGACACGGAGCAGGAGCUGAAGGCGUUGCAAGCAGGCCCGGAUCCCAGCCUCGCGUCGUUGCAUGUGUCCAAGUCCUUCCCGCCGGAGGUGGGGAAAGCAGCAGCGGCGAGCGCGGCAGGCGUGGUGGGGAGGGUGAACCUGGGGAACCUGCAGCCGCUGCCAGUCGCGCCCCCUACCGUGCCAUCUGGGGCGUCUUCUCCGCGUAGCGGCCCGUCCACGCCGCCUGAACCGUCGGCCAUGGGAGCUGCAGGAAGAGGAGGAUUAGGAGGAGCAGGAGGAGCAGGAGGAUUAGGAGGAGCAGGGCUGUAUGGUUCGUCCCCUGCGAAACAGCCGUUGGAGCACAGGUCUCCCCAUUCGCACACUUUGUCGCCAGACAGACGGGUUCUAGCCUCCAACCCCCUGCCCCUCCCUCCCGCUAGACAAGUAGGCGCGCUGGGCUCAGGGCCAAUGGCCGUGAGAAUGGAAGCACCGGCGCCAGGGCCGUACGGCAAGGAGCCCUUGACGUCAAACCCGCCUGUCCGUGCGCUCUUCCCCGUGCAUUCCUCUCCUUCUCGGGACCUCGAAGCUGUUUCCGUGAACCAUCCGCCGUCACACGAGGCUCCGCCGUCAAUCCUCGUAGGCCGGGGAGCAGCAGGGGGCGUGGGCGGUGCUGCUGCUGGUGCUGGUGGCACCGGUAGUGCUGGCGGGUUUGGUCGUGCUGAUGGUGGGUUUGGUGGUGGUGAUGGUGGGUUUGGCGGUGGUGGGGGAAGUGGGGGUGUGAGUCCGCUGGCGCGUGGGAGGUCCGUGUCUACGUCUGGAGCGCCCGUUGCUGUAUUCGGCGGCGGAUCCCAGGGGCACAGCCCGCGCACUCCGGCGCUCUCUCCCAUGGAAGGCGCUGUAGCACCUGUAGCACCUGUAGCACCUGUAGCAGCUGUAGCAGCUGUCGCCUCCUCCUCAGCAGCCACUUCCCCGUCUGGUCACUACAAUAUGUCCCCGCCAGCAGGGGUGCCGUUUGCUGGUCCGCCCGUUGCCCGGAACUCUGCUGCUUUGAAUCGGCAAGGGAGUGGAGGGAUGGGUGGGGGGUUUGGAGGAGGGAUGGGAGGGGCGGUUGGGGCAGGGAUGGGCGGGAAUAUGGGCGGAGGAAUGGGAGGAAUCAUGGGCGGAGGAAUGGGGGGUAACAUGGGCGUAGGUAUGGUGGGAGGAAUGGGCGGAGGAAUGGGGGGCAACAUGGGCGGAGGAGUGGGGGGAGGAAUGGUUGGGGGAGUGGGGGGAGGAAUGGUUGGGGGAGUGGGGGGAGGAAUGGGCGGAGGAAUGGGCGGAGGAAUGGGGGGAGGGAUGAGCGGAGGAAUGGGGGGAGGAAUGGGCGGAGGAAUGGGGGGAGGGCUGAUAGCUCCAGGAUCAGGAGGAAUGACGUCACCAGGAGGCAUGAUGACGCCACCAGGAGGCAUGAUGACGCCACCAGGCGGCAUGAUGACGCCACCAGGAGGAGGUAUGGCAACGCCACCCGGAGGAGGUAUGGCAAUGCCACCCGCCAGCAGCUCCAAGCUCUCAACUCGAUCCGCGUCCCCCUUGCGAAUCAAGCCUGGCGUGGCCAAGCUCGAGCCCCUCCCAAUCUCCAUCACCAAAUCCCCUGUUGCCUCCCCUAGAGCAGCUACGGACAGGCCGCCGCUGCCCUUUGAACCUUCUCAGAACUCUCAGAAUCCGUUGUUUCCCAAGUCGGCAAGCCAAACGUCCACCCCCGGCCAGGUGUCGAGAGUCGGCUCGAUGAAUGAUGGGCACGGGAGGGAUGUUGUUGGGCUAGCCGGGGGAGCAGGGUUCGGGCAGAAUUUCGGGCAGCCGCAGCCAGGGCAGCAAUUAGGUCAGCCGUUUGGGCAGUCAGGGCAGCAAUCAGGGCAGCAAUCAGGUCAGCAGUUGGGGCAGCAAUCAGGUCAGCCGUUUGGGCAGCAGUCAGGGCAGCAGUCAGGGCACCAGUUAGGGCAGCAUUCAGCGCAGCAGUUAGGCCAGCCACUAGGGCAGCAGGUGCAGCAGCAGCUGGGGAGAGAAGGCAUGCUUCCCUGGCAGCAAUUUCCCAAAUCAUCCAGUCAAAGCCAGGCGUCCACCCCUGGGAACCUCUCCAGGGGAGGUUCCACUAACGAGGGCUCCAUGCUCGUCCCUCCAGGAGGCUCUCCUAUAGUCACAGCAGCAGGCGCUGGAGCAGAAGCUGCCGGGGAGGAGGAGGGGGACGCGUUCGUGCCUCAGAGGGGAAGGUGGAAGAAGGGCAGCAGGAUAGGCGAUACAUCACGUGUGUUUGCGGUCAAGGAGGUCAACAUCUCGGACCAUAACUCUAUCUCUCAGCUCGUGCAGGAGAUUGACACGUUGAAGAAAAUGCGUCACAAGCGCAUCGUCCGAUACCUGGGCUCGGAAACUGACGACAAGUGCAUGUACCUCUUUCUCGAGUACAUGGACACAUCUCUGUCUAAAUACCUGGAGGACUUUGGCCCCUUGGAGGAGCAUCAGAUUGCCAAGUACACUCGCCAGCUGCUGGAGGGGCUGGCGUACCUGCAUGACAACAACAUCGUGCACCGAGACGUGAAGGGAAAAAACAUUCUGCUGGAUACCAAGGGAAACGCUAAGCUGGCUGAUUUCGGGGUAGCGAAAUACGUGGAGACGCCAGAAGAUAUGUCAGGCAUGCGCGGCACAGUGUGGUGGAUGGCACCUGAGGUGAUCAACCAUAAGCCGGAGGGGUACAACUGGCCGGUGGACAUCUGGAGUCUCGGCUGCACCGUUAUCGAGAUGGCCAUGCGGGUCGUUGAUAAACGCCUGCGCAUCCCCUGGCUUGACAUCGAGGGCAAGCCGCCCUGGGGGGAAUCGCCUACUAACGGAAUGGCGGCUAUUCUGAGAAUAGGCGGCGCCACAGCCCCCCCGCCCAUCCCCGACCACCUCUCAGACUGUGCCAAGGACUUCCUCCUUCACUGCCUCGCCGUCAACCCCGCCCACCGCCUGAGAGCGCACAAGCUCAUGCAGCAUGUGUUCGUCGCAGGGCCAGUGCCCGUGGGGGUGGGGUUGAGCGGCGGAGGCAUGAGCAGCGGAGGCAUGAGUUCGGGUCAUAUGGACGCCCCUCGCUCUCCCAGGUCUGUGUCCUCUCAGCCCUCCUAUCCUUCCCCGUGGGAGCAACCGGCAUACCAUCAACAGCAGCAACAGCAACAGCAACAGCAGCAGUAUCAGCAGCAACAACAGCAUCAACAACAGCAGCAGCAGCAGCAGCAGCAACAACACCUCAAUUAUCAUCAGCAGCAAAACCUGUCUUGGCGGCCUGCAGCCUCUGCUGUUGGUGGUGCUGGUGGUGGCAGUGUGGGUGGUAUGGCUGGUAAUGGUGGCCCGGAGCCGUUGUUCCGAGGCUCUGGUGGUGGUUCGGGCCCCGAGCCUCUCUUCUCCGCCAGCAGCACUGCAGCUUCCAGCGCUAGUGGUAGAAGCCAUUCAGGGAUGUAUGGGGCCCCGCAUGGCCUUUCUCCUCCUCCUCAGAUGGUCGUCAGGGGGAGCAGUGCGGAUGGGUAUGGCAGCGGUGGAGAUGGGUAUGGCAGCGGUGGGGAUGGGUACCGCGGUGGUGGCGAUGGGUUUGGUGGUGGAGGGCCAGUGGGGCAUUGGAAUCAGAGAGACGCUUCUCCACACCGAGCCUCCUCCCUCUCCAUCCCUCCUCAUGACCGCCCCCACAACUUCCCCCUGCAAGGCCCCCACACGGCUCCCUUGCACCAGUCCCCCAGCCAGUACCCCUACUCUUCCCAGCAAAACCCCUACCACCACCCCCAACCGCAGCAGAACCCCUCUUAUCCCCAGAGGUCUUACGACCACUACCCACCACCGCCGCCUAACCAGUACCCGCAGCAGAUGUGGCAGGGUGGGGGAGGGGGAGGGGGAGGGGGAGGAGCAGGGGGGGGAGGGGGGCGGAUGGGGGGUGGGUGGGAACAGGGGGCAGAGGGUAUGGGCGGGUAUGGGUCUUCACCUCAAGUUUCUGGUGGUGGUGGGGGGGGUUAUUCUGGUGGUAUGCGCGGGGACAUGAGAGGAGGUAUGGGCCCAGGCAUGGUAGCAGGUUCGGGAUCAGCACGCCACCGCACCAGGGUGCCCUUCCCCACUUUUACUUUCCCACCCGUUCCUCUUCCCCCACCCCAUCACCCUACUUUCCCGCCAAUCCCUCUCUCCGCCGCCUUCGAGUUCGGCACCACAUCACGCUUCCUCCUCCCCCUCUCACUCAGCGUCACCGCAAAAACCCCUUCUCUCCUUCCCCUCCCCAGCCCUCCAUGCCUGCAGUCUCACUCUCACCUGACCCUCUCGACACCACCACACUCAUCCUCCUCUUUCAAUACCCACCACACCACUCAGCACGAGCAGCUGCAGCCCCGACCCUCGCAUCCUCGCCACCACGCCUCCUUGCCUCUAUGCCUCCUCGCCUCUCUGCCUCCUCGCCUCUCUGCCUCCUCGCCUCUCUGCCUCCUCACCUCUCUGCCUCCUCGCCUCUCUGCCUCCUCGCCUCUCUGCCUCCUCGCCUCUCUGCCUCCUCGCCUCUCUGCCUCCUCGCCUCUCUGCCUCCUCGCCUCUCUGCCUCCUCGCCUCUCUGCCUCCUCGCCUCUCUGCCUCCUCGCCUCUCUGCCUCCUCGCCUCUCUGCCUCCUCGCCUCUCUGCCUCCUCGCCUCUCUGCCUCCUCGCCUCUCUGCCUCCUCGCCUCUCUGCCUCCUCGCCUCUCUACUCUCACUCCUCUACUCUCACCCCUCUACUCUCACCCCUCUACUCUCACCCCUCUACUCUCACCCCUCUACUCUCACGCCUCUACUCUCACGCCUCUACUCUCACGCCUCUACUCUCACGCCUCUACUCUCACGCCUCUACUCUCACCCCUCUACUCUCACCCCUCUACUCUCACCCCUCUACUCUCACCCCUCUACUCUCACCCCUCUACUCUCACGCCUCUACUCUCACGCCUCUACUCUCACGCCUCUACUCUCACCCCUCUACUCUCACCCCUCUACUCUCACCCCUCUACUCUCACCCCUCUACUCUCGCCCCUCUACUCUCACGCCUCUACCCUCACCCCUCUACUCUCACCCCUCUACUCUCACCCCUCUACUCUCACGCCUCUACUCUCACGCCUCUACUCUCACCCCUCUACUCUCACGCCUCUACUCUCACCCCUCUACUCUCACCCCUCUACUCUCACCCCUCUACUCUCACCCCUCUACUCUCACGCCUCUACUCUCACGCCUCUACUCUCACCCCUCUACUCUCAUGCCUCUACUCUCACCCCUCUACUCUUGCCGGUCGCUCUCAUCUGUGACCUCACCUCUUCCUCAUCACUCUCCCAUCCUUACUGCAGGUGCCGCCUGUCAUCAACAACCUCACAUCGCCAUCUGGCAUGCACAUGCGGGUGGGUAUGGGUGUGCGCUCUUCCUCCCCUCUCUCCCCACUUCAUCCCCUAAUUCCUCUCUUCUACGCCUUGGCGCUCCCAAUCUGCCCUCUCACUUCUCAUUCCAUCCUCUCUCCUCCCUGCCCUCCAAUUUCCUCAAGGCAACCAUUCUCUCCUCUCUGUUCUGCCUCUUUCACCCGUGCCCUCGAUUCUCCUCAAUGGCGGCAGGCACACGGCCAAUUGCCCCACACUUUGCUGCCCCACACUUCUCUGCCCCACGCUCUGCUGCCCCACUCUCUCCUGCCCCACGCUCUGCUGCCCCACUCUCUCCUGCCCCACUAUCUGCUGCUCCACACUAUUAUGCUGCACCGUGCCCUUCUGCCAUGCACUCUGUUGCCCAACGCUCUGCUGCCCCACCCUCUGCUGCCCCACCCAUUGCCCCCACUCCAUCUUCGUUCAUCAUCGCGUGUUGA